AUGGAAGGUGGAGAAGAAGUGUCAGCGAGGAGGAACAGAGUCAUUGCUUUCUACAAGGCUACUCUCAACCAUCGCAACAGCUUCAAAAGUUUCAUCAAAGCUUGUGAGGACUACUUGGAAGUUUUAACGGGAAGGCUUGAGUACACUGGAGACGUACUCAGAUACCUUACGGAUACUCGUGCGGAGUUUGUUGCAGAAAUUGUGAAUCCUAUUGACAAAGAACGAUAUGCUGUGAAAGGAGACGACGAUGCUGGUUACGUAGUUGGUUGCUGUAGCAAAAUUGAUAAAGCAAAGCUGAUUUCUGGAACCAGAGUUACUCUUGAAAGUGAAACGUUGACGAUCAUGAGAAUCCUCCCUCCCAAGGUUAAUCCAUUGGUUUACAAUAUGCUGCAACAAGAAUGUGGAGAUGUUAACUACUCAGAUCUUGGUGGUCUAUCUAAACAAAUCAGAGAUCUGAAAGAUUGGAUCGAACGUCCUCUCAAAGAUCCUGAAAUCUUCAAACAAGUUGGAGUAAAACCUCCCAAGGGAGUGCUUCUCUAUGGACCUCCUGGUACCGGAAAGACAUUGUUAGCCAGAGCAAUCGCUAGCAACAAUAAAGACUUAACCUUUUUGACGGUUGUUUCGAGCGCGAUUGUAAGCAAAAUCAUGGGAAAUAGUUCAUUGUUGUUGAGAGAGAUGUUUAAAUAUGCUCGUGAUCAUCAACCUAGCAUCAUCUUUAUGGAUGAGAUUGAUGCUAUUGGAAGACGUCGAAGAUCCAGCGAAGGAGAAGUGAAGACUGAUGGAGAAUCUAGAGUGCUCUUCGAGCUUCUCUCUCAACUCGAUGGAUACGACGAGCUUGAAAAGGUGAAAGUGAUAAUGGCAACAAACAGACCUGAUGUUCUUGACCCUGCGCUUCUCCGACCUGGUAGGAUCGAUAAGAAGAUAAAGAUCCCGUUGCCUAAUGGAGAUUCUAGAUUGAGAAUCCUUGAGAUUCAUGCUUCUCGUAUAGCUAAACAAGGAGAGAUUGAUUACGAAAAUGUCGUCAGACUAUCUGAGGGAUUCAAUGGAGCAGAUAUGCGUAACAUAUGUACUGAAGCAGGGAUGUUUGCUAUACGUGCAGAGCGUGAUUACGUUGUCUCUGAAGAUUUCAUCAAGGCUGCAAGAAAACUAGGCGAAGCGAAGAAACUUGAGUCCAAUGCAGAGUACAAUGCUAAUUUCUGA